GCGUCCUCGCUGACAACGCUGGCCUGCGCUGCCGGAGUUCUCAGGAGUUCUAGUUGAAUGUUUGGAGACGCAAGUUGGCUGGAUAUUUUUGCAUUACUCUCAGUUCCAUCUAUUUGAUCGAGUUCAAUCCACGAUGGGCGAUAUUACUCUGGGCCAUAAUCCUCUUCAUCUUAAAUUCUUUACCGAUACGAUGCCCAAUCGCCAGGUCCAUCUCGACUUCAACUGGCAGACCGAGGCGAUAUUAUGCGGUCUAAACGCAAAAGACUUGAUCGACGAAUUCAAACGCAAAAACAUAAGGACUGCCGCAUUGCACCAAUUAUCCGCGGACGAUUUCGAAUACCUUGGUGCUAGUAAAAUUCUCGCAGACAGUUUGGCCUGUGAGCUACGUAUCAUAAAAAAAGACAAGGAUAAGGAAUUAUGUUAUUUAAACAGAUACACAGGUGAAAGACCCGAUACAGGCGAAGUCCUGCAGCUAACUGUAGACCAAUUAGAUACAAUAAAAAACUUUGUAACGUACUGUAAGUGUAAACUAAGGGAAGAAUGUUGCGACCUUUUCAUGGAUUUCGAUACUUCUAUACGUGCUGCUCACAGUGUACGUUAUACUAUCCAGGAUCUUUUUAAAGAACUUUACAAGACUGAGUCAAAACUGAGAAAAUUAGAAUAUGAAAUAAUUGAGGCAAGACCUAAGUGUUCUUCCUUGUGGUAUAUUAUUCCGCUAUCCCUGGGUGGACUAUCCCUUACGACAAGUAUUUUAUUGUAUUUACUUAUGAAAAAACGUCAUCUGAUAUAAAUAUUGUUAAGGGAAGGAAAAGAAUUUUUAUAUCGUAAUAUCACACAUUGUGCUUUUCUAUUAUACUUUUUUUAUUUUUCCAUUAUAACUAUUAGUCUGAUAUUUUGAAAUAAAAAUGUUUUAAAAGUGUGCUAAUAAAGUGUUGCUAAUUUUUCAGAAAA